GUGAGACAGAGAGUGUGUGUGAGAGAGUGAGAGCGAGUGAGAGUGUGUGAGAGAGAGUGAGAGAGAGAGAGUGAGGGCUUUAGCUUGGCAUUUCUUCCCUCUGCCUUUCAGCUCCUCUCCCCCUGGAGGAGGCGUGUCCAUGGGCCAGUAUAAAGUCCACAGAGAGCCACUCGCGUAGAACCAUUUCUCAGGAGCAGCCUCUUGCAUCGCACGCCGGUAGGAGAGGAAACCGCUGUUCUACAAAAACGACUUGUGUGCGCGAGGACCAGGGCCUCCCCGAUACACCCCCUACCCCACCUUCCCCCUCACGCCCCACCCCACCAAGUCCACCUUGGCGUUGACUCACCAGCCUCCUGCUCUUCAGCUGUCAAGUUCAAGGUAAAUCGGACUUGAAAGGGAGACAGGCUCCUCUCUGGCACUGCAACGGAUGCGUUUCAGUGAAUGCGGUCCUUUCCGACAAAACGUACGGCAGUUUCCAAGAGGCUGCGAUAUUUAUCCGCCGGAUAAGGGAGGAGUAGGUAUCGGACAUCGUUUUUUUGGGGGGGGGUUUUGUUCUCGAAGCUUUUUGUAUUCUUUUGCUAAGCUGCCAGAGAUAUUCCGGAACCAGUCAGAGAAACAGUGAGGCAGCAAAGCAGGGGCAUUGUAUUCGAACCCGUGCCACUCUAGAAGCCAACCAGCUGGCAACAUCAAAGAGCCGCCCCCUCCCCUCCCGCCUCAAACCGCCUCCCUCUUCCCCACACCACAGAUAGCCACCCCGACUCUGAGAACCGAGGCGACAAAGGAAAGGGGGGAAAACGGGCCGACGACAAAGAACAAGUUUUGUUCGGGAGGGAGCUCAACUUUGGUCGGGAUUUGUUUUUGGCGGGGGGGUGUCCGAGAGCCACCUGUGUGUUUUCCGGGGAGGUUGUCAUGGUGCGCGGCGGCGGAGGAGGAGGAGGAGCGGUGGCGCCGCCCUGCUGGAGCCUCUGGGCGCUGAGCGUCCUGUCGCUGGCGGCGCUGUGCCUGACGGACGAGGCCAUUCGCUGCCCCAUCUGCACGGAGGAGAGGCUGGCCCAUUGCCCGCUGCCGGACGGCUGCGAGGAGACGGUGCGCGAGACGGGCUGCGGAUGCUGUCCCACCUGCGCCCUGGCCAAGGGGGCCCUCUGCGGGGUCUACUCGCCCCGCUGCGCCACGGGGCUGCGCUGCUACCCGCCGCGCGGGGUGGAGAGGCCCCUGCACUCGCUCAUGCACGGCCAGGGGCUGUGCACGGACGAGCGGGAGGUGGAUGAGAACUCAGCCAUGGACAGGCAGGAUGAGAUCAUCCCCGAGCACCCAAACAACAGCAACAUCCGCUGCAGUCCCCAAGACAAACGCUGCAUCCAGAAGACGCUGGCCCGCCUCCCUCCCAAAUCCACCAAUCAGAGAAGCAACAAUGCCAGGGAGGACCCAAAGGCUGCGCUGGCUCCAUGUCGUGCUGAGCUGCAGAGAGCGCUGGACAGGCUGGCCACCAACACUCGCACCCACGACGAUCUUUACAACAUCCCGAUACCCAACUGUGACAGGAAUGGGGACUUCCAUGCCAAGCAGUGCCACCCGGCCCGUGAUGGGCAGCGGGGAAAGUGCUGGUGCGUGGACCAGAAGACGGGCAUGAGGCAGCCAGGACCCCUCGAACUGAGAGGGGAACUGGACUGCCACAUGUUAAUGACUUCCACCCUGACAGAGUGAGGAGGGGACCUGCAGGGUCGACCGUGGGGAGGUGGAAAGGGCCAGCAGAAAUCUACUGGUGCUGAUUAGUGAAACUAUAAAAAGAAAAGACUUCACCUUAAAGGCUCUCUUCGCGUGAGGCGAACGGUACUUGAGAAUCCAAAAGUAAAAAAAAAAAAAAGAAGGAAAACCAUGGAAUCUUUGUUCCUUUACAUAUUGUUUGUUUUGCUAUUGUGUGAGUGUCUGUGUUCCUCUGUGUCUUUUGAGCACUUGUGUGUGGCUUCCCUUUGGGUUCUGUAAAAUGAAGGCCCACGCUCUUGUUUUCAAUGGCAAGUGGUGAAAACAGUCCACUGAAUUCAGUGUGUAAACAUUAUCUUGAAAAUACGACAAAGUUGGUUUGGUUUCGGGUAAAUAAGCGGAUAUCCCUUGCCUCUUGCAGGGCUUGCCAUUGACAAUGCAGUAGGAUCUGUAGAGAAAGUAUAAGACCGUAAAACGAGAAAACAGAAAGAUACGAAUGAGAGAGGGAUGGAGAGAAACAAAUGGAAAAACGGAGGGAAAAAAAGAAUACAGCAUUUCCCUGCUUUGAAUUAGCAAUUGAUGAUAAGCCUCGGUUUUUCACGACAGAAAUGACUUUGAAAGAGGAAACUGUACCCUAGAGAGAGCACAAGGAGUCCAAGAAGAGAUGUGCUUUAUCGCUCGAGCUCUCUGCAUCCCCCUCUCUAUUGACUGGGAGCUCUCUGGCUUAUUUGUCCAGGGGGAUCGGCAGCAUAGCUAGGCUCAGAACUCUGUACACUGCUGAUAGGAUAAUCUUGUUUCUCCAGCUGGGGCCUGCGUUGUUCUCCAUGUUUGUAUGAAUAUGCUUCUAUAUACAGGAUUUCUUUUCCAACAGACUGCUUGGCAGUGUUGUGUAGUUUAGUGGUGCUAUACACUGAUUGUGCCAAAAACUGGCUUCUGCACUUUUAUGGGCAUUGUUUUUGAUAGAAACCGACGACAGAGACCGUUUCAGAGCGGAGGCACUCAACAAAUCUUUGGAUGACCUAAAUGAGUGAACAUCAAUACUGGUUAGCGGCAAACAUUUCCAAAUUUCUUCUUUUAAUUUUUAAUAAGUUGAUUAAAAUCAAAUAGGCGCAACUGCACCUCCUUAGUUGCAGAUAUACUUAAGUUAACCGCCUGACUGUUUUAUUAAAUUCCGUAGCAAAUUUGCAUGCAAAAUAAUAAACCGUAUUUGAGUAGUAAAAAGGAGGAUACAAGUUUUAUAAAAAGCGCAAUCCAAUAGUAUCUGCAUUUCAAAGAAACAUCAAUGUGUUCAGAUCAUUUGAAUACUCACAUAUCUGAGUACUGCACAGCCCUCUUUGCUUUCAAGAAAUCCUAUACCUUUUCACAGAAUUUAUACCACUGUUAAUGACACCACUGCACAGUAGUUAUUUGCAUUAUGUUCAACAGACAAAUUUGGAAUUUCCCCCUUUCAAAAUAAUUUGCUUCCUCUGCUUUCUAUAUUGACAUAGGCUUGACUGUUCAUAUAUAACAGCAAUUUGAUUGUAGUGUACAUCGAAAGAGCAACCCUUUUGAAUCCCUUCACUUUCAAGGCUGGUUAAAUCAGCCUCGUAGCCAUGGAGAAAAGGAAAGGAACAACCCCCUUGGAUGCAGUACAGAUCAGACAGUUCAGUGGGGUCAUCUCUAGAAAUGGAUAGUGCAUGUAAUCCUCCCAUGAGAGGCUUGGGUUACUAAUUGACCCCAGGAUGGAAUCAUUGUGCCUGUGCCGUCGUUAUCAGUGUUAACGGUGCGCCGGCAGUGUGACUUCACGAGGAGGGAGGCGAGGAGAUGAGGGAGGAGGUGAUUGUAAAUGAGACGCCAGGAGCAGUUGUCCUGCUUUCUCUUUCAAGACCCCGAGGACAGUGUGAGUUCAUUCCUCUGUACACCUGAUAGGCAAGUCAUUAAGAAGGGGACAGUGUGCGAGAGAGGAGGCGUGAGGAGGAGACAGAGAAAUGUAGCCGUGCAAAAUGUCACGUCGAGUCCUCUGGGAACAAAACUGCUUCUCAUUGCAUUGUCUGGCACUUGAAAAUUGGGAAGAAUGUCUUACGAAACAUUCACUUACUCACAAGUAAUAGUCUGUAGUCUGGAAGUCCAUUUGCUAUAGCAUUAAUACCAUGAUGGUGUGUAGGGUGGAAAUAAAGUACUUCGAGCAAAUUCUAUGAGCUAUGGAGAAAGAGCUUGUAUCAAAAUGUGGCUACCUUUUACAUAGAGAAUAAUUAUGCAUAGUGUAUCUGCAAGUAGCCUACCUGUAGCAAUCAAAAGCCAAAGGAGUAGAGUACAGAGUCCCUGGCCCUUAGGUAUUGGCAAGCUUCUGAAGUUUUUCUCCAAUCUAGUUUAAGAGCCAAAUUCAUUAACAGUAGGUAGAAGAAACAACUUUGAACUAACACAUUUAACAAGCUUCUGAAUAGACAUUUUUUCUUAUUCAUGAUGACCGAAAUAAAAUCAUUUAAUGUUUCUUUAGCUUAUUUUAUAACAUGGACUACCUACAUUAAACCAUCUUCUCUAAAAGAAAUCUUUGCCCUUGAACAAUACCACAUUUUUGUUGUUUUGGUACCACAACGUCUGAUGUUGGUUUUGUCGGUAUACAAUGAUGAGUAGGUUAAUGUGUGACUCUCAGCUUCAACUUAAGAGGUAUUUUCAUUCAUUUCAAAUUAAGUGUUUUGAAAUUAUAGCACUUUUUGUCCCGUAUGUUAUGGCACCAGGUCAUUGGAUAGUAUAUUUCAGAAGGUUUAUUAUUGGCUGUAUAUCCUUUGCAUGCAUGACUGCCUGAAAUCUGCAACCAAUAUACAUCACCAGCCACUGGGGAAUCUCAAAGAUGCUCUGCCUUUACUGCAGCCAUCUUCUAUUACUUCUUGUUACCUUGCAUUGCCUUCAGUUUCCUCUUGGAGCAUGUCAAAUCUCCUUUGUUGUGCACUCACACUUCGAAACAAGUGUUUUGUUUUAUCUAUUGCUGGUUGAUUUCUGAAGUGUGUUUUAGUUUAUUGUCUCACUGACAGUUUUAGUGGCAAUUUUUUUUUUUCCUUUAAAGAUGGGAGAUAACAAUUUGUGCAAAAUGCCUUGGUUACUCUAGAUUGAAUGACGCCAUGCACACUUUAAGGGGCACUAAGUGCCACUGGCAGCAAAGCAACCACAAAACAUGACUGAAUUUCCUUUCUUUAAUUGUAAGGAAGAAGAUCUUUUCUUUGAAGUCUUCAUUCUUGUUUACAGUAAACAAAGAGGGUGUGCUUUCACUCUAAUCUGGUCUCAAUUAUCCACAAAACAUUCUACCAAACUGAUAUUGUCUUAUUAUUGGACAAUUCUAACAAACUCCAGUCAUGCUGAUAAAGCAAACCCUUUGCACUUUAACCUCAUAGUCAUCGUAUCAUGUCAAAUCCAAAGUGCUAAAAACAAGAUAAAUAAAAAGAUGUCUUUGUCUGAGAACCUUCGGUGCUCACUGUAGCCUAUACAUUGAAGUGAAACUUUCUUUUGUCUCCAAAGACAAAAUUCCCCAUAUGUUGGAGGGAAUGAAAAUCCAAAAAUCAAUGUGUAUUUCUUCUUUUUACUUCACUCUCUUGAAAAGGUUUUCAGGUUGGGCCCGACAUGUACUGUAAAUGGUUAAGAGGUGCUCAAAAAGACAAUGAAUGAUUAUGGCUUUGUCAUUAGAGUAAAGGCCUUCAAGUGUUCUACAUAUAUGAAACUGUGUAUGCUUAAGCUAUCUUAUCUGAUCUCUAACAUUCGUUAUAGUGUAUUUGCAUUUCAGAAAAUUCCUGUUUGUAUUCCUGUUUGCCUCAGACUCUGUUAAUUCUAAGUAGCAUUUGCAUGUGUAAUGGUGAACUGGGACUCAAGAAUGUCUAGAUUGUUUGUGUGUUUGGUCCUGAACAGGACCAUACCAUGUAUGUUUUAUAAAAAUAGGGGGUGAAGUUUACUCAAUGAGUGUGUACUCGAAAUAAUGACUUGGUUAUAUUGUAAAUGUUGACUUGACGAAACAAUGUAUACAAUAUAUAUAUAUAUAUCUAAUUAAAAUGUAAACAUUCAA